AUGGCUGAGGUGGAGUGGAUACACAGACAUCCAAAGGCUGAGGAUCUAAGAGUUGGGCUCAUUAGCUGGGCAGGAACCUACCUCACCUUUGAAGCAUAUAAGAGUACAGUCACAGCUACUGGGAAGAGUCUGAGCAGGAGACAGACCUGGGAGCUCCUGGUGAGCAAUGAGCAUGAGGCACAGGCCGUGGUCCGACUCAAGAGCCUGCGGGGCUACUACAUGCUGUGUGAGGCAGAUGGCACUGUGUGCUGUGGCCGGCCGAGGAGCAGCCAUCACGGAUGCUUCCUGCUCCGUUUCCACCGCAACUGCAAGUGGACCCUCCAGUGUAUAAUCUCUGGCCGCUACCUGGAGUGUGACGGUCAGGAUGUGUUCUGCAGCUCCAGGGUCCUGUCCGCUUACCACAUGUGGACGCCCCGGCCGGCCCUGCACGUCCACGUGAUCCUCUACAGCCCUACCUACCGCAGCUACGCCCGCGCUGACCACACCGUGGGCCGCAUCUGGGUGGACGCCGCAGUGCCCUGCCUGGAGGAAUGUGGCUUCCUGUUGCAUUUCCAAGAUGGAUGUUACCACCUGGAGACCUCCACACACCACUUCCUGUCGCGGGUGGACCGGUUAGUCUCCCAGUGCUCGGCGCAGACAGCUUUUCACUUGCAAGUGCGGCCCAGAGGGCUCGUGGCGCUGUGCGACGGAGAAGGAGGCACGUUGUAUCCGCAGGGCACACAUCUGCUCCUGGGCUUGGGCUCCAAUCCCAUGAGGGGUGAGGAGUGGUUUGUCCUACAACACUUCCCAACCUGGGUCAGCCUCAAGUCAAGGUGUCGGAAGUUCAUCUCAGUCGGCUAUGAUGCUGAGGUGUGUGCUGCCUCUGAGCGCUUGACGCCAAUGUCCUUGUUCCAGUAUGAAUGUGACAGUGAGAGCUCCACCUUACAACUUCGGUCAGCCAAUGGCUACUACCUAACCCAGAGGCGCCACAGGGCAGUGAUGGCUGAUGGGCACCCCAUGGACUGCAACACCUUCUUCCGUGUGCACUGGAACUGUGGACGAAUCAUCCUACAGUCCUCAAUUGGACGCUUUCUGGGCAUUGCCACCAAUGGCCUAUUGAUGGCCAAUGCUGCCAUUCCAGGCCCAAAUGAGGAACUGGGGAUUCGAUUUGCCAACCGCUCCUUCCUCAUCCUACGAGGUCGGUAUGGGUACGUGGGCUCCUCGUCAGAGCGUGACCUGAUGCAGUGCAACUUGGAUCAGCCCGACUGCAUCCAGCUCCUGCCCUGCCGCCAAAGCAUCUACCACUUUCAGGCACAGGGUGGAUCCUUCUGGUCAAUAACAUCCUUUGGCACCUUCCGCCCUUGGGGCAAGUUUGCCCUCAACUUCUGUAUAGAACUUCAAGGGAGCAACUUGCUCACAGUGCUGGCACCCAAUGGCUUCUACAUACGAGCCGACCGAAGUGGAACACUACUGGCAGAUAGUGCAGACAUUACCAAAGAAUGUAUCUGGGAAUUUUAG